GCAUGAUUAGCUUGAAUGAACGCGUGAAGCAGUUCAAGUUUAGAUGAGUAGAGAUUAAUCUGUCUGUCCGCACUGUUUAGCUUUUUCUCAAUAGCGAUGAAUAGAAUAAAAGGUUUGACACACCCUGAAACAGUAGAGCGUGGUGCCCACAGCCAUUCCAUGUUGUUGCUGUGCAUUUUUUGUGUGGCGUGUGAAGCCAACAACCCCAAAAGCGCGUGGUUUUGUCUGCAUGAAUCUGCACUACUGGCUUCAUGUUUGCCACACAAUAAUCAAAUCUUUCUUUGAUCACAACAAUCACAAGAACGGGUCAUCCUCUUCUUCUCUUUAUCCCUAUAUUCUUGUGCCAAAAAGCAAAGUCUGUCCCUCAAUCUCAUCUUCUCUUUCUCCCCCAACCUCUUUACUACUUUCUUGGUUUUCUCUUAUAAGUUUUUGUUUUUUGUCCACUUCAUUUUUCCAUUGUUUGUUUGGCUCCAGUGUUUCUUACCACCUUCAUAAAUUGGGGUUCUUUAUCUUAAUAAGAUAUUUUAGGGGUAAUCGCUAGCUGGCUUUUUUGUUCUGGUCUUCUGCUCUGGAAUUUCGUAUAUUGUUGAGAUUUUUAUCUGCUGUCUCUGAGGUGUUGUUUCUGGUGGGCCUUGAAUAGGGAAAUCUGUGGCUGGUGCAAAUUAAGACUUUUGGGGUUACCUAAAGUUAAAAUCUUGAUGAAUCUCAUUUGAUAAAGGUGUUGGCUUUUGAUGAAGAGGGCAUGGCUCCAUAUUUGUGAUGUGUGAAAUACUUUUAUAAAGUUGGAGAUUUUAAGGAGGAGAAUUUUGUUUUAGUUGCAUCCUACAUCAGCUUUUAGAUAAUUGUGGAGGAGGAAUUGGUGCUUCUUCUCUUUAUUGGGGAAUUGAUUUGGGGGAUUCCUUUUAUUUGUCCCAAAAAUCUGAGGGAAUCACUUGAAGUAACUUUGGAAUAGGUUCUUAACCUCCGGAUUGAAAUUGGGUGUCACUAUUUGGUUGGAUAUUGUUCCAACCCAUUUGAGAACACAAAAGCACGAACUGGAAGUUUGCUAAUCAGAGAGAAGGUAAAGUUGUAGUAUUUAACAGGGGUUUUAUAGCUGCAUAUUUGAGAUUUAAAGAUGCAGCGUGUUAGAUUUUCUUCUCAACAGUCAGCAGUACACAAACUAGGGGAUCCUCAAAUGGCAUUAUCUCCCAAGUUUAGGUUAGCGGCGGUGCAAUCUUCUUUGGCAAAUCCAUCACCAGAGUUAGAGCAUUCUCUAAGAGAGGAACCCUUAAUUCCCAGCCUUCCUGAUGAUGUUGCUCUGAAUUGUCUUCUCCGGAUUCCAGUUCAGAGUCACUCAGCUUGUAGAGCUGUCUGCAAGAGGUGGCAUAUGCUACUUGGUAACAAAGAGAGGUUUUUCACCAACAGGAAGCAAUUUGGUCUGAAAGACCCUUGGCUUUUUGUAUUUGCCUACCACAAGUGCACUGGGAAGAUCCAAUGGCAGGUCCUUGACCUCACACACUUUUCUUGGCACACUAUCCCUGCAAUGCCUUGUAGAGACAGGGUUUGCCCUCAUGGUUUUAGGUGUGUUUCGAUCCCCAGUGAUGGCACGCUGUAUGUUUGUGGUGGCAUGGUCUCUGAUGUGGAUUGCCCUCUUGACCUGGUGUUGAAAUAUGAGAUGCAGAAGAAUAGGUGGACUGUGAAGAAUAGGAUGAUCACUGCUAGGUCCUUUUUUGCUAGUGGAGUCAUCGAUGGGAUGAUUUAUGUAGCUGGGGGAAAUAGUACUGAUCUUUAUGAGCUGGAUUCUGCUGAGGUGUUGGAUCCUCUCAAUGGGAGUUGGCGCCCUAUUGCCAACAUGGGAACAAAUAUGGCAUCUUAUGAUGCUGCUGUUCUCAAUGGGAAACUUCUUGUCACAGAAGGGUGGUUGUGGCCUUUUUAUGUCUCUCCAAGAGGCCAGGUCUAUGAUCCUAGAGCCAAUAACUGGGAAAAUAUGGCUGUUGGACUCAGAGAAGGCUGGACUGGCUCCAGUGUUGUUGUUUACGGUCAUUUGUUUGUUGUUUCUGAGCUUGAAAGAAUGAAGCUAAAGGUAUAUGAACCCGAAACUGAUUCCUGGGAAGCCAUAGAAGGGCCUCCUCUGCCUGAGCAAAUAUGCAAGCCUUUUGCUGUGAGUGCUUGUGAUUGUCAUAUUUAUGUUGUGGGUCGAAAUCUUCUGGUUGCUGUUGGCCAUAUCUCUAGACUGAAACCAAAAGAAAGUUGUAAGGAAAAGUGGAACUUCGGUGUUCGAUGGAAUGUAAUUGAUGCGCCAGAAUGUUUGUCUGAUCUGACUCCUUCAAGCUCACAGGUGCUGUUUGCUUAGUUUUUCAUUAUCCUGUAAUAUCAUGCUACGAAUGUUGUAUGAAUAAAAUGUUAGUACUAUAAUUAUUGUAAGGUCUAAAAGUUGUAAUAGCUGUGAAAAAGGAACAGUUUAAUCAGUUUUUGAAUUGUAUCAGUGGUAGUAUUUUCUUAUGGUUGCUUGGGCAGUGUUAAUUGUACAUCAAUAUUUACAUUGAUAUUUUCUCCUUAGUGGAUGUCUUUAUAAAUUACAUUCCCAGAA